ACAUGUUUAAAUUAUCGACAUGUUUUAUUAUAGUGAUAAUCGAGAGAUAGGGUUCGUGCGAGCGCUGUUGACGGCUAGAUUCGGCAACCGAUACCGCCUUUUGUUCGGGUGAAGUUGACGCAGGUCUUAUCCCACGUUGCCUGGCGUCCCACAAAAAAAGGUGUAAUAGAUUUAUGUUGGAAUGAGCUCAGGUUAUAGAGACGACCAGGAAGACGGAGGAUGGAGAGGAAGUCAUCAAAGCGGAGGCAGAAGCCGUGGAGGAGGAAGGGACUACACUCAAAAUUCCAGUCGCAGCGGAGGAGGUGGUUAUACAAAGAAUAAAAGUCAAGACGGCUGGAGUGACGGGGAAGACCAGGGUUCAUCUGAACCAAAAUGGGGAAACAAGGGUAACAAGUAUGGUGGUGGACAGGCAAGUGAUGAGUGGGAAAAUAAUGAAACAAGUUCAAGAGGUAGAGGUUUCAGUAGGCAAAAUAGAACAGAAGAUAGUGGUAAUUACCAAAGACAAGAAAGGACUUUUGGUUCCCCCGGAGAUAGGAGAGGAGGUAGCAGAGGGCGUGGGUUUAGUUUUAGAAAUAACGAUAAUGAAGAUGAAAAUAAUGAUGAGUGGGAACCUGACAUGAAUAAGUUGAACAUCAGAGAAAAUAGCAGUGGGAAAGACAGAGGGUUCAAUAGGCAAAGCAGGGGAGAAGACGGUGGUUACCAAAGACAAGAGCGAUCGAGCUUUGGCGGCGGGGACGGUUGGAAUGAUGAAGAUUCAGGAAGAGGUAAUGACGGAGGAGAGAGGCGAUCGGGUCGUGGUAGAGGAGGGUACAGAGGAGGCGGGCGGGGAGGUCAUAGAGAAUCGAGAAAUGAUUUUGGAGACAAUGGUGACUGUGAUGACGAUGAAGGUAAAAGUAGAGGUAGGGGGAACAGGUAUAGCAGAAACGACGAUGGGGACCAGUCAGAUGGGCGGAGGGGUCGUGGAGGAAGAGGAGGAGGUCGUGGCGGUUUUGGCAAUCGUGGAGAUGAUGAUAGAGGAAAUAAGGAAGAGGGGGAAGAAGAAAAGCCGAGAGAACGGUAUAUUCCUCCUGAGCCUGCCAACGAUGAAGAAACUGUGUUUAGCAGCUCCAUUUCCAGCGGCAACAACUUCAGCAAAUAUGACAACAUUCCAGUCAAGGUUACUGGUGAGAAUGUUCCAAAGCCUGUCAACUCUUUUGAAGAAUGUAAUUUCUCAAGUUUACUUCUAGAGAAUAUCAAGAAAUCUGGUUACAGUAAACCGACUCCGGUUCAAAAGUAUGCCAUCUCUGCUAUUAAUAGCGGAAGAGAUGUGAUGGGUUGUGCUCAAACAGGUUCGGGAAAGACGGCCGCGUUCCUGCUACCAAUCAUCCACAUGCUCUUGAAAGAUAAAGCUGAUAUAGUGAGCGGACAGGGCACGGAACCGCAGGUGGUCGUGUGCUCUCCGACCCGAGAACUGGCUCUGCAAAUAUUCAACGAAGCUAGAAAGUUUGCAUUUGGCUCGAUAAUAAGAAUCGCCAUCGCCUAUGGUGGCACUGCAUCAUUUCAUCAAGCCUCACAAAUAAGUAAAGGAUGUCAUAUACUUGUUGCUACACCAGGAAGACUGAACGACUUCGUAGGUCGUGGGCUGGUCAAGUUCUCUUCUUGUAGGUUUUUCGUAUUGGAUGAAGCUGAUAGAAUGCUCGAUAUGGGAUUUUUGCCAGCGAUUGAACAAAUGCUAGAUCACGAAACAAUGACCCCUAAGGGCCAACGACAGACUCUUAUGUUCUCCGCAACUUUUCCAGAUGACAUUCAACGAUUAGCCGCGAAUUAUUUGCAUGGGUAUUUAUUUCUUGCUGUAGGGAUUGUUGGUGGCGCUUGUUCAGACGUCGAACAAAAUUUUUAUUUAGUUUCUAGGUUUGAGAAGAAGGAUAAACUUAUUGAAGUACUAUCUGAAAUGAAAGAUAAAGAAUUAACCCUUGUAUUCGUUGAGAAGCAACGUACGGCUGAUUUCAUCGCGGCCUUUUUAUCAGAGAAUAAUUUUCCUACUACUUCGAUACACGGCGCAAGGUUACAGAGCCAGCGAGAACAGGCCCUGUCUGAUUUCAAAUACGGUCGAAUGCCAACGUUGGUAGCGACCGCUGUGGCAGCAAGAGGUUUAGAUAUAAAAAAUGUUGCACACGUAGUAAAUUUCGAUAUGCCUUCUACAAUUGAAGAAUACGUUCACCGAAUUGGUCGAACAGGAAGGGUCGGUAACCGAGGAAAAGCUACUUCAUUUUAUGACCCCGAUACCGACGGACACUUGGUUAUCGGUCUCACUAGAAUCCUCCAACAAAAUGACCAGGUGAUUCCAACAUUUUUCGAAGGUGCUAAUGAUUCGUCACCAAGUUUCAAAAGUGGCGGUGGCGGUCGCAGGUCUCAGAAUUUCGGUGGAAAAGAUGUUAGGCAAGGCGAAGAUAUAUUCAAUUCCCCACCGACUGUCGUCCAUGAAGAAGUUGAAGAAGCGUGGUGAUUUAAUGAAUGAACGUUAUUUUUAAUAUAAAAAGCUAUGACUGAGGGAGCUUCGAAGAGUUACUAAGCUUAUCCAUUCUUGUUCAUUUUUAUUAAUCAAAGACUGAGGCUUCCUGUCUGUACUUAUUUUUUGUUUUGUUUUUUAUAAAUUAUUAUUAUUAGAUAACGCACUAGUUACAAGAAAUUUUUACUAUGAAACCAGGGAUUAUAUGCAUAUUUUUUUUAAUUUCUAGAUUAUUUUUGUGUUCAUCACAAUAAAUGGUAGUUUUCAGUUCUAUGUUCCUAUAUAUACGCAAUGAUUAUUUUAUUUACACAAUAUAUUAAAUAAUAACCUUUGUGAAAUGUACUCUCUGUGAUAUUUCAGUAAGUGAUACAUUGAAUUAUUAUCGAGCUUUAAGAGACGAGGAACAUUGUAAAACUACACAUUAAAUGUGUUUCUACUUGUUCUAAAACAAUCUAGAUUAUAAUUAUCUAAAGCUAUCUUGUAUAUAAUUAUAAUUUGUUUUCUUUUUAAAAAGAUUGAUAGUUUUUGUUAUUUUGAACUUAAGAGGUUUAGACUAUUUUAAAAAAUGUUUCUUGUAUUGGAAAAUAAAAGUACUUUUUUAAAAAAAAA